CGCAAUGUGCCGAGAGUCCAGAAGUGGCACAUGGAAACCACACUUUAAGUCCGCUGUGUUCAACAUGGCGCAGCCACCAGUGCGCCAAGGACAAGUUUUAUUUUUGACAUGUCACCUCCGCCUUUGAGCAUCCUGCGAACGCGAGUAAACUUUUCGGACAGCACCAAACUCACUCCGGACAGCCCCUCUCUCCACUGUCACGUCUGCACAGCCGAUCGCAGAAACGAGUGCGCGCGUGCGAUCCUAAACCUCUGCGAGGUCGUGAAGCGCCUGGCAAAGACUGCGGCGUCCGGAUCGAAAAAGAGGGGGCCAGUGACACUGUCAGCUUAGCCAGCGAGCAGAAGGACAAGGACGGAAAUCAACAUCACACCAAACCAUCCAUAUCGCUCCGAUCUGACCAGGAAGUGCAAAAAAGAAAGGUGUAUGUAUUAUUUGACAAGAAAGUGAAAUGGACAGAGAAGCCGUCACGAGCACCAUCUGGGGUUUUGGCGUUUGAAGUGAGAAACCCGAAUUAGCGGAGGAUGGCAGCAUCCAGUAAUUCCAGUUUAUCGGGGUCUUCUGUGUCCUCUGGUAAGCACAUUUUGAAAACAAAAAAGCAGUGUUCGGUGUCAUUCUUUGCGAGAUUCUAGCUGCGCCGAAGUCCGGUGUUGUAAUUCCAGCGCUGCCGUGAUGCGCACGCUGACUGACCACUUGGCAGUGAAAAGUUUAACAUGGUUCGCGAGGUUGCAUUUCCAGCUGCCGAGAGAGAGAGAGACCACGCUUUAAAUUGAUCCGAGACGAGCUCUGCUUCUGCAAACUGCGUUCGCCUUGCUCGAAUGGAAAAGUCUGCUUAUUUUUGCACAUGCUUCUCUGCUGCCUGCAAUGGAGGCUCAAUUAAGUCGAGAGCCAGCAAAAGAGACUGGCCCAGGUGUACUGCCAUGGUUUCCAAAGGAAGAGAAACAGGAGGAGGGGCAGAGUCCAUCUCGGCAGCAUCAGGAACAAGGCAAAGGCAAGAACCAACCCCGGACAGAACAGCAUUGCAGGCCAGACUCGGACACACACCUGGCUCAUUCUUACUGGGCCAAUUUAGUGUCCCCAGUCAAUAUGCUGAGGAUUAUCAGCCACCAAUAUGGAAAUCAUACUUGUACCAGCUACAACAAGAGGCACCUCGUCCCAAACGCAUCUUUUGCCCAAAAGAGGUGGAGAACAGACCCAAGUACUACGGCAGAGAGUUUCAUGGGAUGAUUUCUCGAGAGGAGGUUGAUGACCUUUUUGGAGGGGUCGAAGGCGCGUACCUGAUCAGGGAGAGUCAGCGCCAGCCUGGGUCAUACACGUUGGCUCUCAGGUUUGGCAGCCAAACUUUAAACUACAGACUGUUCUAUGAUGGAAAGCACUUUGUUGGAGAGAAGAGGUUUGAAUCGAUCAACGACCUUGUAACGGACGCCUUGAUAACCCUCUACAUAGAAGCAAAGGCAUCAGAAUACAUUUCCAAAAUGACUACUAAUCCAAUUUAUGAGCAUGUAGGGUAUGCAACACAGCUCAGAGAGAAGGUGUCACGGCGUCUCAGCAAAACCAGACAGGAUUCCAAAAAGGUGCCUCUGGUGAGAGAAGACAGCAACACAGUGGAUAAGAUCACAUCACUGGUCCGGAGAGCAGCACUGAGGGAAACCGAGAAUCACUUCAACUAUGAAAAGGCUCACAAUUUUAAGGUCCAAACAUUCAGAGGCCCUCACUGGUGCGAGUACUGUGCUAAUUUCAUGUGGGGGCUCAUCGCUCAGGGAGUCAGAUGUUCAGACUGUGGGCUCAAUGUUCAUAAACAGUGUUCUAAAUACGUUCCCAACGACUGCCAGCCUGACUUGAAGAGGAUCAAGAAAGUUUACUGCUGUGACUUAACGACUCUUGUGAAGGCACACAAUACACAACGACCUAUGGUGGUGGAUAUGUGCAUCCAGGAGAUAGAAGAACGAGGGUUGAAUUCAGAAGGACUUUACCGAGUCUCAGGGUUCACUGAGCACAUUGAAGAUGUUAAAAUGUCCUUUGAUCGAGAUGGGGACAAGGCUGAUAUCAGUGCUAAUGCAUAUGCAGACAUCAACAUCAUUACUGGUGCACUGAAGCUUUAUUUCCGAGAGCUGCCAAUACCAGUGAUUACGUAUGACGGUUACCCUAAAUUCAUAGAAGCUGCAAAAAUUACAAAUCCAGAAUCAAGACUAGAAGCAAUUAAUGAAGCCCUGCUUUUGUUACCUCCAGCCCACUAUGAGACUCUGAAGUACUUAAUGACGCAUCUUAAAAAAGUAACCACAAAUGAAAAGGACAAUUUUAUGAAUGCUGAAAAUCUUGGAAUUGUGUUUGGACCUACAUUAAUGAGACCUCCAGACCAAAACACUCUAACCACUUUAAAUGAUAUGCGAUAUCAGAAGUUAAUUGUGCAGCUUUUAAUUGAAAAUGAAGACGUAUUGUUUUAAAUAAAUUAGACAUUUCCCUUUUCCAUUAUAACAUCUAAGAAGACACUGGUACUGUAAUAUUUCUUGUGAAGGCCUGCCCUUGAGACUUACUUAUAUUCUGCACUUCUGCAGAUGUAUAUCAAUGUUAUUUCUCUGUCUUAUAGACAUACUCCUGAUGAGGUAUGGGCCAAAAAUGCUGCUUGUCCUGUAUCUUUAAAAGCCACUCAGUCUUUUAAGUGAAUUUUAAAAUAUAAUUUGUUUGACUCUGUCUCUACGGGACCUUUAAAGGUGCACUGCGUUUGUUUUGUAGUCAGAACAGAUUUGCUCUUUUGUUCAUCUGGCUACAGAGCUGUGCAAAUAUUUAUAUGCAUGUUAUUAUGCUGAAUGUAAAUCAUUGUAUAUUAUAAAUUAAUGUUUAAGAAAAAAGUUACAUAGAGUAACAAUACGACAAUGUUAGUCAUAAAGCUAGUCUUGCUGCAGGUUGACCAAGAUAAUUAACUAGAUAAAGUUUUUCAUCAGUAGUGAAGAUUACCUUUAACAUAACAUAUCCAUAUUAAAAUUAUAUAUUAUUUGUACUUUUUAUAGUUACUAUAGAAGCCUGACGGAUUUUGCCAGUUUCCUUAAAUUCCAAAGUGGCCCGUUUUAUUCUUUCAGUCACUAAAUAUAGAAACAUAUUUAUUCUGUACUGUCUAAAGAACAGUGUGGAUACUUGAGGUACAAAGAAAUUGAAUCUGUGUCUGAAAACGGGAAUAAUGAACAAAGCUAUUAUUAGGUAAAGAGUGCUGGCACUGUGGCUAAGGAUCUGUGCUGGUAUCUGAAAGGCUGCCAGUUCAAAUCCUGUUACUGCCAGAAGGAAUCCUACUCUGCUGGGCUCUUCAGCAAGGGCCUAAACCAGGGGUGCUGCACAAUGGCUGACCUUGCACUCUGACCCCUAAAAUUUAAUGCGAAAGGACAAUUUCAGGGAUGAACAAAGUAUAUCAAAUCAAAAAAAUAAAAUGCAAAUAAUUAAAAAAAAGAUAUUAUUGCUAAUAGCAGGAAUAACACAUGCAAAAUUAGUAAUUGUAGCCCUUUGACAGUAAAUUUGUUUUACAGUGUUAAUCCUGUAUUAUUACUGUGCUAAUAAGAAUUUAAAAAUACAAAAUAACAAUAGUAACUACACCUUUCAAGAACCAGCUUUUGCAUCUUAUCCUUUGAUAUUAAUACUCAACCUACUGCAAAUAAAUAUCUGUCUUUAAUCUGUAGGUGUUACCUAAAGCUGUCAUUUAAAAGUGCAAUUUUUAUGAUCACUUUUCAGUUCCACGCCCAAAGCACUUGUGCUGUGAAUACAUUAAUGGUGCAGUUUUAAAUAAAAUACAUGGCCCAGUAGUUUGCUGGAAGAUGCAUGUUGCAUUUUAGUGUAGCAUUGUCUAAAUAACAUUGCUUUUAAUCUAUACUUUAUCCUUCUCAUUACACAUGCUGUAAAUUUAAGAACAACCUACUGAGUCUUAACUUUGAAUAAUUUGACUCCAUUCUCUCUCUGAGUUUGCCUGUCCUGUUACAGGGCUUCAGAGAAGUGCCGCAUAUUCCAGCAGCAAGUGUGAAACAAACACACGACAGGACAUUAGUCUACUACUGGAGUUCACUGAAGCACACGUUUACACUGAGAAACAUGACCGUCACCACUACAGCUAACAUGGGGAGAAGAAGCCAUUGAAACAGCCAGAGACAAGUAAACGCGCCAGAACUGAGACUAGGCUCCUGGACCUGAGGAGUAGCAGUAGGACCAGGCCAUCCAGCUUCAGAGAGUUUGAUACUUUUUAACAAAUACUGAAUGUGCACAUUGUUUCUACUUUAAUCUUAAAGUCAGUUUUUAUAAAAACUAAAAUAUUAAGAAAACGCAUUGUUUUAUCAAAGUUGGAGUCUGCUUAUACAAACACAAAAACAAGUAGAACUCAUUUCAUCACAUUUCCCAUUUGUGCUUACAGUGAAAACGUAGUGAAUUUUUAAACAACUGGGUGGCUUAUUUGUUAGUUUGAGAAGACAGAUAAGUAAACUGUGAACAAAAACAUGAAAAUCUGUUUCCAAUUUAUUAACAAUUAAAGAUACAAGGACAAUCAAAAAUAGGUCCCCUAAAGAAUAUUUAGCACUUUUCCAUUUUUUCCUUAAGAUUGUAUUUACUCUGCUUGUAAAACAAGUUGAAUGGUUCAGAUGUCUUGUUUCUGUAUUUAUAAAAGUAUUUUGGGAACAAAAUCUUGAAAUAGUUUCAUUUAUGUAAAUAUUUAUUAUUGAAAUAUCCUUCCUAUUUUAUUUUAUACAUAUCAUUUCAGAAAUGAAAGAAGGGUAUUAUUACCAAAAAUCUCUUUUUGAAGUAGCAUUCUCACUUUACCUUUGUAUAAUAAUAUAAAAAUGGUACUAGAGACACCAGUGAAUAGAAAAUGUAUUUGCUUUCUAACUAUGUACAUUGCAUAGUAAUUCUGAAUUGUUUAUUUAAAAUCUCAUUUUUGAUAAAGGUUCUGUACAUAGCAAAUGAGUAACUGUUCUUAAAUGAAUAAUGGCAAAUACCUUAUAGCCAUUGGUGGGUUAUGAAUAUGACUUACUUUAUUUGGAAAAUGGAAGACUAUUUAAUUAAAAUGUAAUUCAUUUGCUUACUUUUUAAACAUGUGAUAUAGUUUGAAAUGUCAAAUGACUUAAUGUAUUAAUUUUUGCAAAAAAUGUAUAAAUGCAGUUAAAAAAGCUACAUAAGGUCCUUGUAAUUUAAGGUUCAGUUUUUCAUUUUUAUUCAGUUGUCUUUUUCUUUAAAAAAAAAGAAAACUUUUUUUUUUAACUUUGUUAUAAUUAUUUUUGUGAAUGAAUUUGGGAUUAAGUUUGUGAUUUAACAAAUCAGAAAAAAAACAAAUGUGUAGAUAUAAUAAUCUCGGUUAUUUCCAAAUCAUGUGAGAUGGUGUAAUACUUCAGCCGGGCCUUGGGGUUUUCAACUGGGCUGCAUUAAGAUCUCGUCAGGGGUCUUUUACAGUAAGCGUGAGAAAUGUAAGGCACGUUAAAGAAAAGUACAAUAGGAGAUGGAAGACCUGGCAUGUAUUCAAGAAGAGCAGCACUGAAAUGGAGUUGCACCACCCAUGAAGCUAAACAAGGCGUAUGCAGCAGGAAAAAUGCAAGUCAUUUUAGUAAUUGGUUUCACCGAAAAAAAGGAAAAUGUAAAGACAUAAUAGUAAACAUGAAUGUACAUCUGCCAGGCUAUGUGUUAAUGCCACUUUAAUAAAAAGGAGCUAUAGCAAUGCAUAUAGUACGCAAGAGCAUUUUAAAGGAAUACAGCAACUUUUUGUUAUGUUCUCCGCACAGUACGGUAUGUACAGUAACAUUCUUCUUCUAGUUGGGUGAAAUACGGAAUAUUUUAAAUUUCAUUUAACUCAUCAAAAACGGAUUCUGCUGCAUGAUCAAACUUUAUCACCUUUUAACACAGAAAAGGAUAAAACACAAACCCUUGCGAGUCUGUCGUAAACUAAAUGAAUUGUAACAUCAUGUAGUUUAUCAUAUAACUAUGCUUGUUUUCAAAAAUUAAACUCAGUAAGUGAUCACAAAACGGAAACCCUCUGGCCUGUUCAGGGUUAAUCAUCCUUCUCUCUUACCCUUAGACACAAGGUGUGCACUCUGCUACAGCAGGUCAGAGAUUUGCACUCAUGAUAAGAAAAGGAAAGCAGAUACAGUGUGAAACUUUCUUUUGAUGGUAGACUCCCACAACAAUAUUAAAACCUGUCUUUGUGACAUUUUUGAAAUCCUAUUUGAAGAUCUCAGGCAGGAAGCCCAGUUUCUAUAAUGUAUUGGCACUGAGCCUGAAAUGAAAGGUUCUGUGUGAGGUGCUGUUACUUGUCAUAUCGUAUUGCAUGCAAAUAGAUACAAAUAUUAUAUGGAAGAUGUUCGCAGAAUAUCAUGCUUUUUAGUUCUGAGUUUCAGUUUUGCAGAGAUUAUUAUUUUUAUGUUAGCAUACUACAAACUACUGUAUAUAGUGCACUUCAAAACAAUGAAGGCACAAGGCAGUAUCCAAAUCAUUUUAGAGCCAGACACUCCAAAUGACCCUUGACUACUCUUUUCAAAUUUAUAUCCAUAUUCCUGACAGUGUGUCAUUAUUGUUAACAGGUAUGCAUUGUCAUUCAAAAGUAUCCUACAGAUUUGCUACCUCAAAACCCACAGCUUCCUUACUGGAUGGCCUUGUGCACAGCAAUGCAUCUACAAGUGCGCCAGUUGGACAUUGUUAGAAGUAAUUCUGUUAUAAGCACAGAGAACUUUGGAACUACAGUAUGUUCCACAUGCAGAGGUGUUAUAAAACGGGUCACUUCGUAAUGUGUGCCGCACGCACUUAGUCAGUUAGUGAUCUAGAAUGCACAGAACAGUUUGUUAUUGUGUACUCAAUGUAAAAUCUAAUAGAUUUGGUAUUAAGACUGUGAAGACCUGAGAUUUUAACUAGGUAAAUAAUAACACUAAUGACAUAUUUUAUUUAUGCAGCUUCGUAUACACUCAAAAUGCUUCACAGAUAAACAAAAGGGUACAACAUAAGUAUGAGAGCCCAGAAACAAGUUCAAUAAAUAGCACUGAACAAAAUCAAAGCAUUAAACAUCUUAAAUUAGAAAAUACUAUAACUGUACUGAACCAUUGUGUAUUAUUAAAAGUCUAAUACAUAUUUUAAAAUGGGUGGUGAAAAUGCUCAGAUUUCAAAGUGACAAUGCCGAUGUCUAAGUGUCCAUUAUUGAGCAGAGCCCAUCUUUAGCCCACUAUAAAGCUCCAUUCUUAAUUUUCCUUUAUUUCAGUUGUAACGUUGACACACUGAGGAGUGGUUUUCUGUACUGAUGUUUAACUUACAUGUCAGUGUGCAAAAUGCUAUUGUACCAUACAAUUAUGUCUUUCCAAACCAAACUCAACUGUAAAUCAGCAUUUUUAUACAGUAGAAUACAUAUGCACAUUGUUUUAAGAAAGAAUUGCAGAAGGCCCACCUGCCAGCAACCCAGUGAAAUCCCAGUGUUGCCAUUUACACUCAAACA